GGGUAGUGCUUUCGGUUUUUUGCUUGCCACAGCCUCCUUUUUGUUUUCCCUUCUUCUUAUUACUCUUGGCUGAGAUAAGAAAAACCUAGUUAUUUUCUUCAUCAUGGCUGCUACAAAACCUUUUAAUUCUAAUGAUUAUCCUGUUGUAAUUGGUAUUGACUUUGGUACCACCUUCUCUGGAUGUUCAUAUUCUUUUAUACAGAACGACGAAGUAGUUGAUAUUGUUAGAUGGCCUAAGCAAAACAACAACGUCUACCCAAAGACACCUACCUUAAACUUUUAUCAAGGCAACUCGAAUCAAAUGACACAAUGGGGUAAUGCUGCUCGUUUGGAAAUGCAACGACCUACUGCACGUAACUCAGUGUUAUUGAAACAAUAUAAACUUUACCUUGAUGAAAAUAUCGCCAAGGACUUACCUCCUUUGCCUAAUGGAUUGACUAUUGUGGAUGCCAUUGCAGAUUAUCUCCAUGCUUUUCAUGAACAUGUAGUUAAUGAACUCAAAAAAGGAUUCGCAAGAAAUUACGGUCAGCAUCAAUUUCGUUAUUGUUUAACUGUACCAGCCAUGUGGUCUGAUAGAGCCAAAGCAACAAUGAGAGAAGCCGCCAUAAAGGCAGGAUUGAUAGAAGAAAAUGAUCAUCGUGAUAGACUUAUGUUAAUUUCUGAACCUGAAGCAGCUGCUUUGUACUGUGAAAAGAAAUGUGAACAAUUUGAUCUUCGUCAUGGUGAUAAAUUUAUGAUUUGUGAUGCUGGUGGUGGUACUGUGGAUUUAAUUGUCUUUGAAAUUGAUGAAAGAAGUGGACGAAAACUUCGAGAAUCUACAAAAGGACAUGGUCAAUCAUGUGGUUCAGUUUUCUUGGAUCGUCGUAUGCGAAAACUUUUAAAAAAGAAGUUCAAAGAAUACCUUUCUUCUAUCCCUGCAUCAGCAUUCGAAACCAUGAUGGACACUUUUGUGGAUUUGAUUAAACCACAGUUCGAUGGUGUCGAAGAUCAAUUCAUUUCGUUGCCAGCAUCCAUGAAUUUGGAAUCACUGACGAACCCUUCUAUUGGAUUGGAAGAUGGUAUGUUAUGUAUAACUGCUGCCGAGUUAAAGCAAGAAGUAUUUGAACCUGUGAUCAAAGAAGUAUUAGCUCUGAUUGAAGAUCAAUUAAUCAAGGCUGGUAGUAUGCAAGCUGUGUUCCUUGUAGGUGGAUUUGGCUCUUCCAAUUACUUAUUUGAACGUGUACAUCAAGAAUUUAGUGGUCGCGUAGGCUUAGUGGCUGUUCCUCCUCGUUGUGAAUUAGCUGUGGUCCGUGGUGCUGUUUACUUUGGUUUGAAUCCUCGUGUGGUGCAAACUCGUAUACCUCGUUCUUGGUAUGGUAUUGAUACAACAACUACAUUUGAGGAAGGUAUUGAUCCUCCUAGCUAUAAAAUCGUCCGUGCUGAUGGUAGUGUGCGAUGUGAUAAUCGAUUCUCCGUUUAUGUUCGAAGAGGACAACCAUUGGAUAUUGAUAAUUGUGUUUCUAAAGAUUUCUUUGCUUAUUAUCCUCAUCAUACAACUUGUACGUUAUAUGCAGCUGAUACAGAAGAUAAACCUCGAUACACAACUAGUCCUGGUGUACGAAAAAUUGCCAAUUUCACUAUCCCUAUGCCUGCUUUAACUGGUGUCAUGGAAGGUGAAAAGGUGGAUCUUUCUAUAAAAAUGUAUUUUGGGGAAGUGGAACUCAGGGUAGAAGCUGUUAUUCGUGGCAAAACUUAUGGAACAAGCUAUACUUUCGAUACCGAUUAGGAGAGGGUCGAUCUCUCUUUUCUUUUCAAUGUUUGUUAUAUACACUACAUGUUUUUUUUCUUUUUUUUUUUAAAAAAAAAAUAAAUA